AAUCCUUGGGGUCGAGGAAGUCGCACGAGCGGGCCCGUAUUGUGACUGUCAGUUUUCUUUUAAAGUGGACAAAACGUUAGAAUUCCUCUCUUGUUGAGACUACGAUUGGCACCACAAUGUUUAAUCGGAUGACAAGCCUGUGGAUGGGCGACUUAGACCCAUACAUGGAUGAAAACUUUAUAAAGCAGGCAUUCAGUAACAUGGGAGAAACGGCAUAUGGAGUAAAGAUAAUAACACACCGAGUAACCGGAGGUUCGGCAGGAUAUUGCUUUGUAGAAAUGGCAGAUGAAGCGAGUGUAGACCGCUGUGUACAAAGACUAAAUGGAAAGCUGGUUCCUGGUUCGAGUCCACCAAGAAAAUUUAAGCUGAACUAUGCAACAUAUGGGAAGAGGCCAGAACCAGGCCCUGAGUUCUCCGUUUUUGUUGGGGAUCUUACGUCUGAAGUGGACGAUUACCAGCUUCACCAGUUCUUCUUGAAGAAAUACCCAUCAUGCAAAGGGGCUAAAGUUGUGUCAGACCCAUACGGGAACUCCAGAGGCUACGGCUUCGUGAAGUUUGGAGAGGAAAGUGAACAGAAGAAAGCCCUAGAAGAGUUCCAGAAUGCGUCUGGACUGGGAGGGAAACCCCUCAGGAUAAGCAUCGCUGUGAAUAAGAGCAACAAGUCCAACAACUACCACAGCCAGAACCAUAACUACAACAACUACCAGCAGCAGUACUAUCAGCAGCCGUACCAAAACUACUACCCACAGUGGAGCUAUGACCAGUACAACAACUAUGGAAGCUAUGGCUACAAUGCCUACGGCACACCACCACCAAUGCCGCCACAUGGGAUGAUGCCCCCCCCACCUAUGGGGAUGCCCCCCAUGCCCCCAGACAUGCAGCCCCCAGCAGAGCCGCAGCCACAGGAGACGACAGAGGAAAUCGAAGAGGAUGCCACCGAAGACCCCAACCCUCAGCUGGAUGUCGACUCGCUGAACAGGCAGUACAUGGAAAGCAGCGAGGAGCUCUACGACGCCAUGAUGAGUUGCCAUUGGCAACCCCUAGACAGCAUAACGUCAGAGAUUCCUACCUUUAGUGUAUGACGUGUGGUAUGAUCACCAAAUUGCCUCCUGCGACCUAAAGACCUGAAACCUGUCCCAGUCUCUUUCUUUUUUGGGUAGAGAUUCCCUUUUAUAAACGCAACGAUGGACAGCUCACUUUUUCCCAAAGAUGUCCAGUCAUUUUCUAUUUGCGGUUGGGAUUUAAGAGACUCCAUCUCCUGUGACCAUAUUGCUAUUCCCAAUCGAUGCGUGUACAGAUUUCCUGAUCCUUUGAAGAAUUUAAUAUUGAGAUUGUCACAAAAAAAACAGUUUUUUUCAUCUUUGUGCAAAGAUGUGAUGAGUCCCUUUGCUAAAUGCAUUGAAGAAUAGUUAUUUGUCAUACUGGUGUGUUUUUGGUAAUCCAGUGUGAUUUCCUAAGAAAAAGAGCAUGUCUCGUGACUGGGGUAUUGUGAUGUACAAUGGAUGUAGUUCCGAAGAAAUUUAGUUGCCUUUAAUAAAUUGCAUGGUCACUUCUGAACUGAUAUUUUUUUAUCCAUCUGGACAGUGAUGCAGAACACUUAACUGUCCAGACCUGAAUGCAUUUACUGACCCUGCUCAAAUUGUCCUACUAUGCUACAAUGUCCCCAUUGUCUUAGUGAAGUCAUGCCAUUUUGUGUUAUUUUUAAGUUUUGAAAAUAUUUUUGUAAUAAAAUCAAACAGUGGCUGGUGUGUAACAUUAAAAAAAACUUUAAGAUGUA